AUGUCUCAACUCACACCACAACAACUCCAAGAAAUUGAAUCUGCCUUCAAAAAGUUCGACAAGGACAAUUCCAAAACCAUCGACAAACAAGAACUCAAGGAUCUUUUGGAAACCACCUUGAAAACCAAUCUCUCACAGAAAAUGUUGGAAAAGUACGUUGAUGUGCAAUUCCAAAAGAACGACAAGGAUAAGAAUCAAGUUAUUGAUUUCAAUGAAUUUGUCAAAUUGUACACAACCUUGUACUUUUCACCUGAAUUGCCAAUUUCCAUGAAAGUUCAAUACAAUGUCAAGAAGAAUUAUGCUGAACCUCACACUAAUUCACCAUCAGGUUCUGGAUUGGAAUCCAAACUCUUACAAAAGAAACCACUCAGUGAACAAGAAAGAAUCAAAGCCAAGCAAACUUUUGAUAAAUUUGAUUUGGACAAGUCAGGAACAAUUGACAGAAGUGAAAUGGCUAAAUUAUUGGAAUCUGUUUACAAUGAAAAUGGAAAAAUGUCAAAGGUUUUGUUCAAUCGUUUGGUGGAAAUGCACAUGCAAAAGGCAGGUGAUGACAAUGUCUUUUCAUUCGAUGAAUUUUUGAGUAUUUAUAGAAACAUUUUCGGAGAGGAUGAUCCAGCUAGUGAAGGAGGUGUUCCAAAGCAAGGUUUUGUUCUCCCUGGCAUGUAA